AUGAUAUUUGUAUUAUAUGCUAUGUUGUCUAAGUUGAUUUCAGCCGAAUCAACUGCUACUGAAUAAACUAGAGAUUACUGUUCUCUUCCUGAUGCAAUUUAUGCAGAUGGUGUUUCUGCAGCGGAUUUUGGAGCUACUGGAUGGAGUUAUGCUAACGCUGAUAAUUGGGCAGGUAUAACGAUAUAUGAUUAAAUUAGAUCUUGUUGUUACUUGUGGAGGUAGCUACUAAUCACCCAUUGAUAUUGUUACAAGUGGAACAACUUCAGAAGCUAUUUAACCUAAAAUUAACUACAAAAGUAAAGAUGUUGGGACUGGAUAUGAAGAAGCAAACAGUAAUAUUUGAUUACAUAAUUUUAGAACCAUAUACCAAAGAAUAUGAAGGAGAAUACUCAGAAAUUGAAGUAACUGAUGCUUCUGGUUCGGUUUACCGUUACUAUGCCAAAUAAUUUCAUAUUCAUACACCAUCAGAGCAUACCAUUGAUGGAAAAUAUUUUGAUUUAGAAAUUCAUUUUGUUCAUCAAGUAAGCUGUUUUAACUAUCCUAGGCUAUCCAAGAUGAUGAAUAAGACUGUAAUAAAGUUAAAAAUAAACUAACUGUUUUUGGCUUAAUGUUUUCUUAGUCCACUAGUGCAGCAGAUUAUGAUGCAUUCAAACCAUGGUUUGAUUCAAACGUUACUGGAGAAGUUGAUUCCUUUGAUUUAAAGUAACCUUUUAAUAUUUAAAAUAGUGAUUUCUUCUCCAAAAUGUCUGAUGUUACCUAUUAUCAUUAUAAUGGAAGUUUAACCACACUUCCAUGUUCAUAAACUGUUAAUUGGGUAGUUUUCUAAUAACCGUUACCUAUUUCACCUGCCUAAUUAAAACAAUUCUAAGAUUUCUUGGGUGAUUCAACUCUUUUCCCUAUUAAACACAAUAAUAGGCCCAUUUAACAUUUAAAUGGUAGAAAGAUUUUCAAAGGAGUAAUUUAUAUUGAGGAAUUAUAAUUAGACUGCCAUAACCGCAGGUGUUACUGAAUUACCAGAAGGUUAAGCAUCUUUUGCAUAAACACUUUUUAUGGUUAUUUUAAUGACCAUUUUGAUAUAAUGAAAAAUUAUAUGUUUUAAUCAAC